UAUCGUUAAAUUUGAGCUCAAAAAUGAUCCUCCUAUAAAUUCAUAAAAAACUAAUAAUACUGACAUACUUUCGAAAGUUGCUUAACUAAUUAAGAAAUUAUAACAUAAAGAAUUGCCACAUAAAAUGAUUGAAGCAACAAUUUUAUCUCGUAAAACAUCUGUUCCAAAAAAUACAAAAUUGCUACUUUAAUAAGAACAUAUCGUUAAAUAAAUUACUAUUACUUAAAGAGUAAAGGGAAAAUAAUAGAAUUAAAAUUAUUGUUAAUCUCAUAAUGAAUUAUGUAAUGUAGAACUAUUGAGAAGAAGUCCUGAAUAAAAGGAUUAAAAAUCAGAAGAUAUUAAUGAAUUAAAAAUAGUCUAAUAAAAGCUUCCUUAGAUCAAAUCUUAAAAAGGAUUUUCCAGAAGCAGCAAAAAUGUUGCGCCCAUAUAAAAAAAUGUUAUUAUAAGUUAUCAGACAGCAGCAAAUAAUAGUAUAACAUAGAUUAGUAAUAUUUAAAAUUCAUCGAAUUAACAAUAAGAAACUAAACCUAUUAUCAAUGUCAAUAACUUUAAUAAUGUGUCUAAUUUACUUUAAACAAGCAAUUUAGUAAGCAAAUAGCCUAAUUUAUCUGAAACUGAAAAAAAAUCUUCAGGAAUAAUCUCAUAAUUAUAAGUACUUUAAUAAAAGCAAAGUUCAAAAAGAUUGCCAAUACCUGAUUCUAGUAAUUUAUCUCUUAGUGGAUGGACUGACCGAUCUCCUAUUAAUUGA